CUGGGGUGAAUGACGUGCUUGUAGGGCUGCUGGAUAAACGGCAAACCCAGAUAAGACCGUAUGGAACAGACUUCCUUUGAAAGAGUCGGGAGGAAUGGGGACCCUAAGCGUAAAUAGCGGAAUUGACGCUGGAAGCAUAGAUUUAUAAGAAGCCAACAUACCCGUGGUGGUGGAGGGCUAAAUCGAUCUCUCUCCCAUCCAGCCAAGCCCGGCCCGACUAAAAGCAACCGACAGUCACAGCUCCCAGAACGGAAACAUGUCGACCACCGUAACUGAAAACGUGAUCACAUUACCUCAACAGGUGUCUGUGUCCACCAGCGAUGCUCAGCCGUACGACUAUGCCAACCUCAAGCCAUAUGUGCACCCGGCCGAGACCAAGGAGCAGCUGCCGUGGUCCGAGCUGGUGACCCUCGACUUGUCCGACUUCAACCAGCCGGGCGGCAAGGAGCGGCUGGCCAAGCAGCUGGAGCACGCGGUGCACCACGUCGGCUUCUUCUACGUCAAGAACUUCGGCCUGUCGCAGGAGGAGGUGGACCGUCAGUUCACGCUGGCGCGCAACGCCUUCGACCUCCCCACCGAGGAGAAGGAAAAGUACAUCGCCGACUUCGCCAACGGCGCCUACAACGGCUACCGGCGCCCCGGGCAGUACGCGGUCGGCACGGUCCCGGACAACAUCGAGGUGUACAACUUUGCUAAGUUCACCGACGACUUCAAGCACCAGGAGGAGCACCUGCCGGACGUGCUCAAGGCGCAUCUGCCCGAGAUCGCGGCCUUCCACCGGGCGCUGCACGCCAACGUGGUGCUGCCACUGCUGCGCCUGUUCGCCAUCGUGCUGCAGCUGCCGGACGACGAGUACCUGGCCAAGCAGCACACAUACGAGAAGCACAGCGAGGACCACAUGCGCUACAUGCUCUACCGCAAGCGCACCGCCGAGGAGCACGCCGCCAGCAACCAACAGCUGACCCCCGGCCACACUGACCUGGGCACACUGACCCUGCUCUUCCGCCAGCCCGUCAUCGGCCUGCAGAUCCUCGGUGAGGACGGCAAGUGGACCUACGUCUCGUCCCAGCCCGGCACCAUCACCGUCAACCUAGCUGACACCAUCUCCCACCUGACGGGCGGCUACCUCAAGAGCUCCGUCCACCGUGUCGUCGCCCCACCGGCCGACCAGAUCCAGUACGACCGCCAGGGCAUCGUCUACUUCGCCCGUCCCCAUAGCGACCUCAUCCUCAACCCCAUCCUCGACUCGCCCGUCCUGCAAGCCGCCGGCGUCAAGCCCCGCUUCACCCGGCCCGUCUCCAUGGCCGAAUGGGUCAAAGCUAAGCAGGCGCUGCAGCUGAACCCAGACCUCCGCAAAAAGAAGUAUGAGGAGUCGGGCGACGGCACCGUCGAGGUCCUUGAAGGCUUCCGCGAUCGCAAUUAUGACUGAUCUGUCUCGACUUGGGGAUCUCUAGAAUUAUAAAUGAAAUAUUUCAUUUUUGAACGAUUAAUUCUUUUAGAGGGCAUUUGCGUUCGUCAUCCAAGCACUGUAGAAAGCAUGCCAGUAAGCCAGCCAACUAGCCAGCGUCUUGACAAGAGCUACUGUGACAAACAUCGGCUGUAAAACGACAAUUGACAUAGAUUGCUCAG